AAUUCAUUUGACUUUUUGCCAAUAAUUUUUUUUAUUUUUAAUAGGGGGUAUGAAAGUGACUUAUAGAAGAAAAUUUAUUUAUAAGGGAACUGAAAGUGACUUAUUGUAUGCUUGCUUUCACAUUGUAGAGAUGCACUGUUGAAGUUUUCAUUGUGCUAUUUUCUAUUUUCUUUUUCUUUUUCUUUUUCCAUCUCUUUGUAGAAUUUACAAUGCAAUUUUUUGUAGCAUGCAUUCAUUAUGUCCAACAGAGGCCACUAGAGAUCAAACACAAAACACAUCAUUUGGUUGUCCCUUAAGUCGGGUACUAUUCUGAUAUCACCAAAACACACCAUUUGCACAUAAUAAUGACUUUAGCACAGCAUCCAGGGAACAGAUGGAGGUGGUUUGGUGGAAUAUUUGCCCUAAUUAUCUUAUAAUAUUGGGCCAUUAGUUAUUCUGGUUGGAAAUCUUUGUUAUCAGUGGUUAUAAUAAUUCAUAAUGAUGACUUUAAUGUCUGCUACAUAGGGUUGUAUAUUGAAUUAGUGUGCAUCAUAAAGAUAGACUGAUUGUAGACGACUAGCUUAGAGCCCCAUUUCCAUAUUUUAGAAAUUUGUAUAUAGAUGUAAGCAGAGUCCUCCAUAUGUUUGAACAGAUGCUGAAAUCAGAAAACAAACAAACAGAUAAGAACAAACAUUAAGACCCUUGAGAGUAUUUCUGUGUUGUUUGACUGUAUCUACAAGGCCCUUCCUAUAUAUUCAGUUAUUCACAUAACAGCACAACACAAACCCACAGCACCAAAAAUCUUCAGAGUAAACAACAUACCUCAAAAAAGAAGAUAAGAACUCUCAACGUACUAAGGAACAGAAGAAUGGGUAGGAAGAGAAAGGGUAGUGAAGUUAUGGAGGAGAAAAAUUCUAGUGAAAACAAUACGGCUUGGGAUGAGAUGGUGAAGGAAGCUUCUGCUGAAGCAGCAAUAGGAGGGUCCAGGAGAGCUAGAAAGCGAUUUGUUGGUGUCAGACAACGGCCAUCAGGGAGAUGGGUGGCUGAGAUUAAGGACACCAUACAGAAGAUAAGGGUGUGGUUAGGCACAUUUGACACUGCUGAGGAAGCAGCCAGAGCCUAUGAUGAGGCUGCUUGCUUGCUCCGUGGAGCCAAUACUCGCACAAAUUUCUGGCCUUGUUCCCAUUCCAGUUCUUCUAGUCCAGCUCUUCCCUCAAAGAUCACUAACCUUCUCCUCCAACGACUCCAAGCGAGACAAAAUUCUUCUGCUACCUCUCCUCCAAUCAACCAGCAACAAGAGCAACAAGCAGACGACUAUAAAGAAGUACCAGGUUUCUCAGAUACACAAUUCACUGAUUUUCUUAAUGAUCCUGAAGAUUACAAUUUGUGCGAGAAUGAGAUUAAUAGCAUAAGUGAAAUCUCUAUUGAUAACAUGACAACAAGUCUUGAAUCAUGUUUAACUGAGAAAGAAGUUAGUGGGAGUAAAGAAAUGGAUUUGGAUAAUGGUUGGAGUGAUGUAGCGCAGACUUCUAGUGGCAAUGGUAACUUUGGAGGGGAAGGAGAAGAAGAUGGAGAAGAAGAGGGGACUGAGAUUGGGGCCUUGGACUUUCACUUUGUGGAUUGUGUUGGAUCAUCUGUCUACUACUCGCCCUUUGAGAUUGCAGAGGAGAUUGAGGAGCCGGUGGAGCCUGAAUACUACGGGGACGAGCCUUCAAUGCUCAGAGCUGCCAUGAAGAGAAUGAAGUAUGAAAGGAAAUUCUCUGCUUCACUCUAUGCCUUUAAUGGGAUACCUGAGUGCUUGAAAUUGCAGCUUGGAUCAGAAAAUGUGACGGGCAGAGCAAGGUCUGAUCAGCUAACAAAACUCCGGAAUGCAUAUCAUAAGAACGACGAGAAAGAAAAGAAAGCAGAGGAAUGCAAUUCUGCAGUCACAGAGAAAAAAGACAGUUUACCAAGUUCUAUAGAUAUGGGUUCUACCUCCUCUUCUUCAUUAAGUAAUGACAGUGAAUCUUCACUGUGGAACCUCUUAGAUCUCCCACCGAUUUGCUUCGUUAACUAAUUGAUUGAGUUUGUCCAUUCCCUAGCUUCUUAUGCUUCAAGUGACUUACUGGGAAAAAAAACAUUCAUAAUCCAAGCCUUUAGUACCAACCUUAAGUUGUCAGGGAAGAAGUGUAGGUGAUGUUUGUUUUGCUAGCUAGAAAUAUGAAGUAAAUUUUGUUUGUCUA